AUGCCGAAUUCGCAAAAUCAAGGAUACCAUGGGAGCUACGAGAAGCGGCGCGACGAGAAGCACGACACGGACCCAGCCACGAGCGCCGCGAGAUAUCAAACACCAAUGCCACCGGAUCUCGGGUCAGUAUGCAGACAUCUCGACGACAUGCCCGUCAAUCGAGCAAUUGUAUCGCAGCCUCACCUGUCUGCCGAGGCCAUAGCGCCUUGCUAUUUCCAUUUCAACUUCAUUGUCACGCCACACCAGCGCAUCAUUCGCGGCUUCAACGAGUAUCUGGCUCUCAUUGCCGCCAAAGGAUCUCAACUCCCCCAGUUCGAGCAUGUCUUCAACGCUUGUGCCAUGGCGUCGCUCAGCCAGCAGGCUGCCGAUGGUCGCCGCCUUAGGUCGAAAGCUCUCGAGAGCUACACAAGCGCUCUGGCAGCGACUUCUACUGCAUUGUGGGAUCCGGCACAGACCCUACAGGACGAGACAUUGGCUUCUGUGCUCUUGCUGGCUCUUUUCGAGAACAUAACGGCUGCAAGUUCUAGUUUGAUAGGAUGGUAUUCGCACAUAGAAGCCGCCGUGCGGAUCGUCAAGGCGAGGGGAAGCAAACAACGCCACACAAAGCUCGGGUCAGACAUGUUUGUUGCUGUUCGAACAUUCAUGAUAAUUCAUUCGCUCACCACUGGCAGCUCGCUGGCCUCAGGGUUUACUUGGUGUACGGCCGAUUCCACGUACGACAACUAUGCUUCUCAAUGCGAACAGUUUUGUGUCCAUACCGCAGAGCUCAACGCUCAUGCCAAUGGGCUGCUGGCAAGUAUUUCGAUGACACCGAAAGACAUGGACCAGGUAAAGGGCGUUAUUCAGCAGUGUCACAGCCUUGACCAACACUUUGUUCGCUGGGCCGACGCCGUACCGGAGGAGUUUAGAUGGGAGACUAUUGAUUGGCAAGUCUACGUGCCACACGACGACUACGCCAAUGCCGACGUAUUCCCAGGACGCGUCGACGUAUACGCCGACUCCUGGAUAGCGGUUGUGUGGACCAUGGCCCGUUGGUCGAGAAUAGUCCUCUUGUCAGUCCUUGUCCGGGCUACCGCGUGGCUCCAUUUGCCCAAGGACUACCGCUCGACGCAGGAAUACGCCACGGCUGCGAGACUUUGUACCGAGACUAUUACAGACGUGAUUGCGUCGGUCCCCUACCAACUUGGCUACGUCUCCAACCCUCACAGGUCGUCAGCUAAAGCUAGGCAGGGCGGCGGAAAGCAUGGCGACAGCACCGUGCAGAGAAGUAUGGCUGCCGUGCUCCUGGCUUGGGCCCUCAAUGGCGUACAGAGUCAAGAUCACGUAACUGAAGCUCAGCGGAUCUGGAUUAAAGGUCGCCUCAACGUGAUUGGUACCCAUCUUGGAAUUGGCUAUGGAACAUUAUUAGCCAAGUUGAAUGUCCGAACACCUUCCAUGAUGAUACGUCGAGACCGUCUGCUAUCCAAACUGCAUAGCUUGAGUUCUGCCAAUGCCAUCGACGAGGACGAGCCAAACAUACACGCCGACGAUGGCAUUUAUUCCAGUACAAGCGAAGAUCAAACUGCCACACAAAAACAGUUUAUUGAACGUCGGGUCACAGAAUUGAUAGCCAGCGCGAUGGGAGAAAAGCCAGAAGUCGACGAAUGGACUGUGCGAACCCUUUUGCAAUUGCCUCAAGAUAUCAUGGGUACCUGA